CAGACUUAGACCCCGCGUUUGUUUCUGUUUUACAGGUGAGAGAGGAUUGCUGGUCCGUUACAAUCAUGGUGCAGAAGUACCAGUCUCCAGUGCGGGUGUACAAACACCCCUUUGAGUUAAUCAUGGCUGCCUAUGAGAGGAGGUUCCCCACCUGCCCUCUGAUCCCCAUGUUCGUGGACAGUGACACCGUGAGCGAGUUCAAGAGUGAAGACGGGGCUGUCCACAUCAUUGAGCGGCGCUGCAAACUGGACAUAGACGCCCCCCGGCUGCUGAAGAAGAUUGCGGGGGUGGAUUACGUCUACUUUGUCCAGAAGAACGCGCUGAGCUCCCGGGAGCGCACGCUGCACAUCGAGGCCCACAACGAGACCUUCUCGAACCGGGUCAUCAUCAAGGAGCACUGCUGCUACAGCGUUCACCCCGACAAUGAAGACUGGACCUGUUUUGAACAGUCUGCGAGCCUGGAUAUUAAAUCUUUCUUUGGCUUUGAAAGCACAGUGGAAAAAAUUGCAAUGAAGCAGUAUACCAGCAACAUCAAAAAAGGCAAGGAGAUCAUCGAGUACUACCUGCGGCAGCUGGAGGAGGAAGGCAUCACCUUUGUGCCCCGCUGGACCCCGCCCGCCCUCACCCCCUCCUUCGAGGCCGCUGCCUCCUGCAGGACGCAGGCAACGUCCACAGCCACCAAGGCCCCCGAUGCUGCCCUGGCAGACGCGUUGAGCAGCGAGGCCCUCAGUAACGCCAGCGGGCCCACUGAGCCCGUGGUGGGGACCCCUGACGACAAGCUAGACGCCGACUACAUCAAGCGAUACCUGGGCGACCUGACGCCCCUGCAGGAGAGCUGCCUCAUCCGACUCCGCCGGUGGCUCCAAGAAACCCACAAGGGCAAGAUCCCCAAAGACGAGCACAUCCUUCGUUUCUUGCGGGCUCGGGAUUUCAACAUCGACAAAGCCAGGGAGGUCAUGUGCCAGUCGCUGACCUGGAGGAAGCAGCACCAAGUAGACUAUAUUCUGGACACCUGGAACCCCCCGCAGGUCCUGCAGGAUUACUACGCAGGUGGCUGGCACCACCACGACAAAGAUGGACGUCCCCUGUACGUCCUGCGUCUGGGACAGAUGGACACCAAAGGCCUGGUGCGUGCGCUCGGCGAGGAGGCCCUGCUGCGCUACGUUCUCUCGGUCAACGAGGAGGGGCUGCGGCGCUGUGAGGAGAACACCAAAGUCUUCGGCCGGCCUAUCAGCGCCUGGACCUGCCUGGUGGAUCUGGAGGGGCUGAACAUGCGCCACCUGUGGCGGCCCGGAGUCAAAGCCCUGCUGCGUAUCAUUGAGGUGGUGGAGGCCAACUACCCCGAGACGCUGGGCCGCCUGCUCAUCCUGCGCGCCCCCCGGGUCUUCCCUGUGCUCUGGACCCUGGUCAGCCCGUUCAUCGACGACAACACCAGGAGGAAGUUCCUGAUCUACGCAGGGAACGACUACCAGGGCCCCGGCGGACUGCUGGACUACAUCGACAAGGAGAUCAUCCCCGACUUCCUGAGCGGGGAGUGCAUGUGUGAGGUGCCAGAGGGCGGGCUGGUCCCCAAGUCUCUGUACCGGACCGCCGAGGAGCUGGAGAAUGAGGACCUGAAGCUCUGGACUGAAACCAUCUACCAGUCGGCCAGCGUCUUCAAGGGGGCCCCACACGAGAUUCUUGUGCAGAUUGUGGACGCCUCGUCUGUCAUCACCUGGGACUUCGACGUGUGCAAAGGGGACAUCGUCUUUAAUCUCUACCACUCCAAGAGGUCGCCCCAGCCGCCCAAGCGGGACUCUCUGGCUGCCCACAGCAUCAGCUCGCCCGGCGGGGACAACGUGCAGCUCAUAGACAAGCUCUGGCAGCUGGGCCGUGACUACAGCAUGGUGGAGUCCCCGCUCAUCUGCAGAGAGGGCGAGAGUGUGCAGGGCUCACACGUGACUCGGUGGCCUGGCUUCUACAUCCUGCAGUGGCGCUUCCACAGCAUGCCUGCCUGUGCCGCCACCAACCUGCCAAGAGUGGACGACGUGCUGGCCUCACUGCAGGUGUCCUCGCACAAGUGCAAGGUCAUGUACUACACGGAGGUCAUCGGCUCGGAGGACUUCCGGGGCUCCAUGACCAGCCUAGAGUCCAGCCACAGUGGGUUCUCGCAGCUGAGCGCGGCCACCACCUCAUCCAGCCAGUCCCACUCCAGCUCCAUGGUCUCCAGAUGGCGAUUGUGCUGACAGCGCAGAGAGCACCCCCUGGACGCCCACUGCCCAGAGAUGUUUGUAGAAACUCUUUGGCCUGCGGCCCCUAGCCCCGUCCCCAGGCUGAAGAGCCAUUUCGGUGUCGACGGUUAAGUUGAUGGCCCAGGGGGACACUGUUCCCCAGCGAGGUGAUGGGCCUGAGGCCCGCUCAGGAGUCCACACCACCCCGUGCUAUGGGCACCCUGCCCAGCUGCCUCCCUGGCCCAGGGCCCACCCUCCGUGCCCACCGGCCCCUCUUGCCCAGGCUGCUGCGGCCCCCUUUUCCCGGCAGGAAGGAGCCUCCUGGCUCCCCUCUCAGUCACUAACUCCCCGUCACUCCUCCUUGAACCACUGUCAGCAUCUCCAGCGCCACCAUGUUUUGUAAGUGUAUUACCUCACUCUUGGUAAUAGAAUACUGAUAGUCUUUAAAAGAUUUUUUUAUUGUUAUCCAGAAUAAAUGUGAACGGUUUGAAGAA